UGACACUUUGUUGACGGUCCCUAACUCAGGGCUGUUUUACAGCCGCGCUCACUGACUGUUGAACUCUCUGCGGUGGAAGGAAAGUUGUUGAAGAUGCACUGAAACCGAGAAAAGUGCCAAGAACCCCGCCAAAGGUAUACAGCCGAACUCUUCUAACCAGUAUGCGGAGCACCGGACCAACGGAGCGGUCUGAACAUGUUUCCAGAGAUGACUGACCUUGAAGCAAAGAAGGAUUUCCAGCCCUCAUUUUAAGGCCACGUUCAGUAUAUUUAUUUUCCCCCGACUAUUCCAUUGGUGAUCAUCAUACCAUGAGCACACUCCAGCAGCUGGGAACAAUGUCUUUUUUGAUCAGAAAGAAGAAGUUCAAAUUUCAAGUGCACUUUACAUUGGAGGAGCUGACAGCGGUGCCCUUUGUCAAUGGAGUGCUUUUCUGCAAGAUCCGGCUGAUUGAUGGAGGGGACUUCGCCAUUCUGUCAUCCAGAGAGGAGGUGCAGCAGAACUGUGUUCGAUGGAGGAAGAAGUUCUCUUUCGUGUGUAAGAUGGGUGCUAAUCCAAUCACUGGAGUGUUGGACCCCUGCCUCUGCCGGGUCUCUGUACGUAAGGAGCUCAAAGGUGGAAAGACCUUCUCAAAGCUGGGAUUUGCUGAUCUCAACAUAGCAGAGUUUGCUGGUUCAGGCUCCACAGUUCGAUGCUGCAUCCUGGAGGGUUAUGACACCAAAAACACCCGGCAGGACAACUCUAUCCUCAAGGUAACAAUUGGAAUGACUCUCCUGUCUGGGGAUCCCUGCUUUAAAACGCCUCCCAACACAGCCAAAUCUGUCUCCAUUGGAGACGAGGACCCAACUCUGCAACUGGACUGUAAGGGAGAGAGCACUGACCCCACAGCCCAGCCACUGGGGGGCAUCAGCGGGGGGGCGCGCACCUUCAAACCCAGACAGUCAUCAGUACGCAGCUCAGGGCUUCCUGAGGAGGGAGAGUGUGUGUCAGAGGAGGUCUUCCACACUGGUCAUAUCCGCAGCUCCAGCCAAGCCAGCCAGCACAGCAAGAUCUCAGGCUACAGCACAGCCCACUCCCGCUGCUCCAGCCUGACUGACCUCAGUCACCAGAGGAACGCCUCCUCCAGCAGUAGCGUUUCCACUGGGUUAGCCCAGAAUGCCCCUUCCACCCCCACCGAGCUUCAGCGACAUGCAUCUCCCACCAAACCAGAGAGGCCUCCACCCCCCUCUGCAUCAGCCCUCAUGUCCAACAGACCUUCUAGGAAAAGGAAGGACACUGUGGAGUGGCAGCCCAGCUGUGUGGACGACACCCGCAUCGAUGCAGACGACAUUGUGGAGAAGAUUGUCCAGAGCCAGAACUUUUCUGACAGUAGCAACAAUGAAGACAGCAACUUGAGACUGUUUGUCAGCAAAGAUGGGACCACCGCCCUCAGCGGGACACAGCUCUCCAGCAGAGGAACACCUGGUAUUUUUGAGCCGGUGGUCAUCGAGACUCACUGAAAGAUACUCAACUCUCCAGCCUCAUCAGCUGGGAACGAUUGUGUGACAUCAGAUUGUCUGUGACAUCAGAUUGUCUGUGACUGUAUGUGAAAGGUUCAUACUCUUCUUCAGUGUACACCACUUGAAAUAAGUGGACAAUAUCAAUGAGGAACCUUUGAUAAUUAAUCAGAAGGUACACUGGUCUGUUUUAAUUAAAGGUAUUAUCUCAACAGAUUUUACAUAUGAGGUUAGUUGAAAGCAAUAAUAUUAAGUUGUAUUACUUAAUAUUAUUGCUUUCAACUAACCUAAUACAGUUAUGUGAAAUUUGUUGACGUAAUACAUUUAAUAAAGUCAACGGUUCAGUUUUUCAGUGUGGCAGGUAUGAAAGACAUGAUUACUGAAUUUUCUCAAAUAGUGGACAGCCUAUUUUUUUACUAUAUUAAGUUAUGUUUUAAGUACAUUUUAAUAUAUUCCAAUUUGCUUCCUGUUGCCAUGUUGAUUUACGGUUCUAGUGGUCUGCUGUAAUGCACAAUGAACGUGUCAUCUAUGGGUCUGUUUCACUUUAAAACACUGGCAGCCGUGCAGAGGAAAUAGUUCCUCCUCUUUACUGCCAAACUUUUAUUAUGGAACAUCCAUGUUGAGAUUUAUUACAGCUGCAAGCGUUGGCAGCAGAUGAGCAAAGUAGAAUCAAACAGAACUUAUUCAACGAGACAAACCAGUAAAUCAGAGCAGUGAAAUAUACCAGUUAUGUUUUAUCUGUAGUGAAGAUAGCAGUCAUUUGGUUUGCCAUUUAUUUAAAAGCAGUAAUUUAAGCUCCACAUUCUAUUUGAGGAUUAACAGUAAUACAUUAACUUCCUCUACGUUGGGUGUGUGUCAAACCUGUCCGUUGGUCAGCAGGAAUGAUUCAUUGAAUCAUUCAUUUUCCACAGUCCCCUGGGAAAUUUACAAGUGAUUUGAAAUCCUCAGCUCAAUUUAAUAUUUUCCAGCAUUUCUAAAAGCUAAAUAUAUUUUCUAUAUCACAUAUGAGCUCCUGCGCAUUUCCUCUUAACUGUUCCUUAACUCCACGGACAUCACUGAUCAUUAUUUUAUCUGACGGUUGAUAUUUCUCCCGUGUAGUCAUUGGACAGUCUGAUGAGAUGUAAUGCAUUCUGGGGCGGUUGAGUAUACCACUAAGAUCAAAUCUAAUAUUAACUUCUAAAUCUAUCAAGGCUAAAAUCCACAAACGCAAUUUUGACAUCACACUAGUGUAAUUAUUUUGCAAGUGUGGGAUUUGGAACACAGCCACUGUCAGGCCUUGAAUAGAACAGAGCCAUCGUUAGUGUUAUUGGUAGCAGCUGUGUCCACAAGUAAUAAUGUCCUCUGAAAGGAUUUAGCUUUCUUGCCUGUUAUUUUUAAUGGGGGAUGAUGGAGAAUAAAAAAAAUACACUCAGCUCUCUUUCCUCCUGCCAUCCCAUGCAACAGAUUAGGUGAGGAAGAAGUUAGGGCUAGUGACGGACGAGCUCAAGAGGUGGCGUUUAGAAAGUAUCGGCAUUGAUUUAACAGAGUGACCUGCUGAUAUCCAUCUUCCCCAUGGCUAAUAUUAUUAGCUUUAGCUGAAAUUUCCAAAGAAAAGACAAAACAUAUAUGCACACAUACUUUUUGCACAAAAACACAACAUGAUUUAAAGAUCUGCUGUUAGCAUUGUUUCAACUACAGGUGUAAUGAAUUAUUUUUACACUUUUGUAGGAGAUGUGUUGCCUCAGCAUCCUUUGCACAUUUACUAGCUGCUUUCCUGAACAAGGGACCAGUCUGAAACACACCCAGUGACACUUUGACCAGGGCUACUGAAAGAGUUAAUUGAACAAUACCCUGAAAACCACUGCAUCCUGGGAACUGUAGUGCAACACUGAAUUAAUGAUGCGUUCAGGAGAUCCUCGUCAACUUGUAAAAAUGAACCUUUCUGCAUUUCCUUUAGUGUUCCAGUUCAUAUGAUGGAUUAACCUCUGUCUGAGGACCAAACAUGUCAGAUAUGGUUCUAUCCUGUCAUAUUUGUUUAUGCAUUUUAUUCUCGCAGAUGCUUUUAUCCAAAGCAACUUACAAUAAAUGCAAUCAACCAUGAGCAAGAAUCAAGAAUUAACUUUGUUAAUCGUUACAUAGAAGAAGGAGACGUUUGCUUUAAAGGCCAGGAUGCAGUGGAACCAGUUUCCAGAUGUUUUUGCUGCUUUAUGAGUUGAUGAGCACCUACUGAACGCAGCACCAGAGCCACAAACGGCUGGAACUGGAACAUUAGCUUUUAUUCUUUUAUUAUAUUUUUAAAACUUGAUCACUCUAUAUAUGUACUUAUAUACUAUUUUGCACAGGUGUACUCCCUGAGGAGGAUUGUUAGAAACCACUAAAAGGGAAUGGGAAAUGCAUGGUUGUCUUAAAUGUCAUGUUCAGUUUUUAUUUCUUUAUUCGUUUUAGUUUUAUUGUAAUGCUUUUGUUUUACUGGAAAUGUGUUUAUUGGUGAAUCUCUCAGAGGCUGCUCUGAUGAGACAGCAUUUAUUCAUAUGGCUGGCCAUAUGUAACCGUCCUUUCUCUGCACUUACUAAGUACUUUGAAUUUAAACACUCAUUUUUGCAGUGAUGUACUUGCUUCCUUUUGAAUUUUUAACCUUUUGGCUAGAUUCACUCCUAUCUCUGUCAAACCCAGGCUACUCCAUAAGUGCUCCCCAAUUUGCUGAGCUCAGGACACAGCGAAGCAAAUAAAGUUCAUUAGAACGGCUUUGUUUGAUUCAAGCAGAAGAAGAAGAAGCAGUUAACGUCAUUGAUAUACAAUUACAUAAUGAAGUUGUUAUGGCUAUUGUGUUAGCAAACAUUUGGAAAAAAAACAUUCAUGAGUAGUGUUUCUGACCAUACGCUCUCUUUGAGCUGUAGUUGGUGUCAACCAAAUUUUAAGUAACAUGACUGGCUCUUUUUCAAUGUGCAGUUUGCCGCUGCUCAGGUAGUGUACAGUACACAGCGUUAAUUAGAAAUGUGUCUGAACACUGCUGCCAGCUGGGAAAGGGUUGAGGAGGGCAGGUGUGUGGCUCUAAACACCUAAGCACUGAGCUGAAAGUAACUAAAAGGUUCUAUAUAGCUGAGGGAAACUGCAGGGAUGGUGAUAAUAACUGUUGGUGACAAUAGCAACAAUAUAAUACAUGAAAUUAUAUAUUUGAUUUGAGCCUAGUGGGUCACCGGGCUCAAUGUCUGAGUGGCUGAUGGGUCACUGACUCAUGGUCAGUUGCUGCCGGACUAAAUAGAUACAAUAUGUAUAAAUUAUAUUCCAUUAGGCCCACUAUUAUUGAGAGGCGCUCAGAUUAUUGGACAUGACAACAAGAACACUUGCCUCUGGUUUGCCCUGCACAGUAUUUACUGUAAGUAUGUGAACCCUUUGGAGUUUCCUGGUUUGAUGCAGGAAUUGGUCAUAAAAUGUGAUCUGAUCCUAAGUAUAGACAAACACAAUGUACUUAAGCUUAUAACGCACAAACAUUCAUAAUCUUUCAUGUCUGUAUUGAACUGCAAUUCAACAUUAUGGAUCUUAGGUCUUCUCAGAUCUUUUUGGGGGGGGCAUGGUCCAAACAACACUUCUAAUCUUGUUUCACUGAUUUAAAGUUGUGUUAAAGUCGAGGGGUUCACAUAAUUUUUCCAACCUGAACUUUGAAUGUUUGAAUGAUUUAUUCAAUAUAGGCUAGGACAAAUCAAUCAUUUGUGAGCUAUGAGUUAAAACAGGUUGUGUUUGUUGAUCAUUGAAACUACGGUGAAGAUCAGAACACAUUUUAAAACACAGGUAAAUGCAGGUUAUUCCAGAGGGUUCACUUACUUCUUCUCUCCACUACAGUUCUGUAACUGAGAGGAACAGCUUGUGAACUCUGUCCCUGUCCCUGUGUGGAGUUAGGGUGUAAGGAGGGGGGGGGGCACAAAGCCCUGUUGAACACUGACCGAGUAUAAUAGAUGCUCACCAACAUGACUUGUUUGUGUUUGUGUGUAUGGUAAUGUCUGUGUUGACCUACUGAAUGUGUGAGUGUGCCACUGUAUGCAUGCAGGUCAUGCACAUUUGACUGACCUUCUAAUCUUUGCUCUGGUCUAUCAAUCCCUGGGAAUACUGCAUAAAUACUAGGACCAAGUGUAGGCCACUACUGGUGAACAUACAGAACUAUGUAAAGGUUAAUAUUGUAUGGUGAGGAGGGACUGAGGGUAAACACUCGUUAUUUACAGGGAGGGGGGAGGGCAUACACAGGAUAAAGGGAACCGUUGUGAUGUUGACUUGUUCUAGAAAUGUUUGCCUUUGUCAAUGACCAUGUGUAACCUGAGACCUUAUUAAACAUAUUAAAUAAAUAUGAGUCCAUUAGUGAAAAGGUUUUGGUUAUAAUGCAUUUAGAACCCUUUACUGUUCAUUUGCAUAGGUUAGAGGUUUUGCUGCAAAGGUUAAAAAUCAAAUUAAGUUUAGCUUUAAAAAUGUUGACCUAUACUUGUUAAAUUAGUAGACUUAUAGCAAAUCAAUCUAUAUAAAGAUAUAUUUUCAGCAUUGCUUGAAUUAAAUAAAACCCCUCAGUCUACAUGUUUGAUACGUUUAUGUUGUGCUCCAACAUUAAACUGUGAAUGAAAGGUCAUUAUUCCAAUCUAAUUUUAACUCCAAAUACAAAUGUUUUACCUCCUUGUAUUAAAAUGUUGGGAAAUACAAAGAAAAGUUUCAUCAAGAGUGAAGAAUAUCUGACUUGUAAUGGGUUGAGGAUCAAGGAUAUGAUUUGCGUCAACAUGCACACCAAAUAAAAUGGAAUCAUGACUA